ACCUAGCAGGUUUGAAAGAGGGAAGACAUUUAAGCUUCAAACUUUGAAUCAAGCUAAUAGAUUUGAGCCGUAGUAGGUCCAUAACACAUUAGAACAAAUAUUGACAAAGUUCAAAAAGGAAUGGGGUCCCUGAUCAUUGGAGCCAACCGUUGAAAACUAUGCCAGAAUGGUUGACCUAAGUAAGCUCCAAAAAUGGCCGACCUAUACCAGAUCACCUUCAACUGUCAUUUACCAAAAUACCCUUGUCCAGUUCGAGAGACAAGGAAGAAACAAGUCGGCGAUAAAUUCAUUUUCUUUUGGAGACGAGCAAACCCACCGCAGCUGAUGGGCUCAAGUCACAGGCUCCCUCCCUCUUAUAACCACUCCUGCUCUUGAAUCAUUCAGCCAAUGGGAACAAGUGUAAUGGAACGACUCACCCUCUCCUCUCCUUCACCUAAAGCAACAAAAACAAUAACAAUAACAAUUAACACCCCCUAAAAUCUUCAUCCUCCCUCCCUCUCCCUCUCUCUCUCUCUCUAGAUCCAUGGAUUCAAUUCUUCAUCUGUGUCUUAUUUCUCUUCUUCCACUUGUAUCAUCAUCAUCAUCAUCAUCAUCUCAUCAAAGACACCUUCUUCAAUCAUCUUCACCCUCUCAAAACAUUGAAACCUUCUUCCCUUCAAUCCCUUCGCCGGCGUUCGUCGGCCAAACUCCUCCUCCUCCUCCUCCUCGACCACCUUUCUCCCGAUUACCACCACCUACUUCAAACUCAAGCGACGGCGGCAAAGUAACCAAGGCUGUCGUCGCCACCGCUGCCUCCACCUUUGCCCUCUCCUUCCUUGUCUUCUUCAUCUUCCACCGGCUCUCUCUAAAGAAACAUCGACGACAGGCAAAGGUUUUUGACUCCCAGAGAAGCAGUUUAAAUCAGCCUGCAGGGGGUAAAGGCAUGAUUGUGGACGAGAACGGACUCGACGUCCUCUACUGGCGCAACCUCGUGGGCGGCGAUGAUACUCCCAAGCGCUGCAAGCGCUGCAGCUGCAUCCUCAACCAGCAGAAAUCAUUCGAUCCUUCUCAGCUGAGUCUAGUUUCCGAUGAGCAAUAUGAUCGCAAAGCUCAGGAACUCCCUCUUCUUCCUUCAAACUCUAUAAGCUCGUCUGAACAUACAUCAAAACCUUCUUCAUCCAGAUUAGCACCAUGCGCGCCAGCCCUGCAUCACCAGCAGCCGCCACCGUCCACACCCCGCCGCCAAAAUCACCACCUCCUCCACCCCACCGAAUGCCAAGAGAAAAACACUGGGGCCUCCACGUAUGCACCGAUGCACCACGGCCGCCGCCAGCAAGAACUCGGCCGCCACAGUGCGGCAGUCGCGUGCCUCGUGGAGGCCGCGGGUGCAUCUAGGCGCGGCUCGUUCAUGCCCCCGCCGCCGUCGCAGGCAGAGGGCGGAAGAAGCCGGGCAAAGCUGAAACCGUUGCACUGGGAUAAGGUUACGCCUCACAAUCCAGAGCAUUCAAUGGUGUGGGAUAAAAUCAGUGAUGGUUCAUUCAGGAUUGACGAUGAACUCAUGGACACACUCUUUGGCUAUGGAUCUACAAACCAAAACAACCCGAACUCAAACAAGACUCCCUCAAACCCCUUCACUUCACCAUCGACCUCAUCUAACACCCCAACCCAAAUCUGUCUCCUCGACCCUCGUAAAUCCCAGAACAUCGCCAUUGUCAUCCGAUCGCUAGGAAUCAGUCGUCAAGAGAUCCUUGAUGCCCUCUUUAAUGGCCGAGACCUCAGCCACGACGCCUUAGAAAAGCUCUCUAGAAUUGCCCUGACCAAAGAAGAAGAGACCAUGAUCCGGGAGUUCUCUGGCAACCCUACCAGGCUCGCAGACGCUGAGUCUUUCCUCUACCACCUAACUAAAGCAGUUCCCUCCCCUUUCGCUCGCAUUGAUGCAAUGUUGUUCAAAUUUAACUACGAUAUGGAGAUUCUACAUAUCAAAAAGUCCAUUCAGGCUCUCGAGCUAGCCUGCAGGGAGCUCAAGUCUCAUGGUCUAUUCUUGAAACUAUUAGAAGCCAUUUUAAAAGCAGGAAACAGAAUGAAUGCGGGCACGGCUAGAGGAAAUGCCAAGGCAUUCAACCUGGCUGCGCUCUGUAAACUUUCGGAUGUGAAGAGCACGGAUGGAAAAACGACGCUCCUCCAUUUUGUGGUGGAGGAAGUCGUUCGAUCAGAAGGCAAGCGCUUGGUUAUCAACCGUAAUCAUAGCCUCAGACGUAGCGGGAGCAGUAGCAGCAACAACAGCGGUAAUCUUGCCAAUUCUGCUGGACAGUUGAAGACAACGAGGGAAGAGAAGGAGAGAGAGUACAUAAAGCUAGGACUUCCGGUAGUCGGAGGUCUGAGCGAAGAGUUAGCUAACGUAAAGAAAGCUGCAGCAGUAGACUAUGAAGGCCUAGCGUCCUCUUGUUCCUCAAUCGGAACAAGAAUAAGUGAAAUCCGACAGUUUUUCAGUAAAGGCAAUGGUGGGGACGCGUUCUUGAGGGAGAUGAAAGGGUUCUUAGAGGCAUCAGAGGAGGAGCUCAGGGUUGUGGUAGAGGAACAGGUACGAGCAAUGGAGCUCGUGAAGAGGACAACAGAGUAUUAUCAGCCAGGGGGUUCAAGGGAUAGGAACGCACAACCCCUUCAGCUGUUUGUGAUUGUUAGAGAUUUCAUCGUGAUGUUCGAUAGGGUUUGUGUAGAUAUCACGAGGAACAUGCAGAAGAGGCCAUUGGCAGGCAGGAGCUCGCCACAGAAGAAAGCAGAGACCGAGAAGAGGGCGGCAGCGAUGUUCCCAAAUUUACCUCCUCGCUUCAUGUCGGAAAACUCUAGGUCCUCCUCCGACAGUGAUUCAGAAGACGGGUUUUGAACACCGGGGGCGGGGUAAAGCUACAGUUUUUUUUCGUUUAGCAGAUAAAAAGAUGUUAAGCCAAGGCAAGAAGCCAAAUUCUUCAAAAGAGGAUAACACGUUUGGAUACGUGAUAUAAAUACAAAGAUUUGUAAAAAAAAAAUAUUUUUUUUAAUUCAACCGGGUUUCUGUUCAUUUGCAAAUUGGUUUGGGUUUUUGGUUUUGUGUUGGCACUUGGCAAUCGUCGCUUGCACGGCAACUGUUGUUUGUAUACUUCCGAUUGUUUGGUAGUUUAUGGCGUUUAUAGUUUGCGAACACAUGUUUGAAGAUUACGGUUGCAGGAAGUGGUCAAAUUUGACAGGUCAGGGGACUACAUGUUUUUGUUGGAGGACUUUGUUGAGCGUCAUCGAUGGCACCUUCGCAAGGGGAAGACCGAAGACCUCAGUAGUCAGCUUCUCUAAGCUGCUUUAAAAAAAUAGUGGAAAAUGUUUCCAGGGGCGGCUGAAAUGAAACAGACUAUAAAUUGGUUUCUCACUGCAUAAUGAUCAAAACGCUUAAAUUCAAAAAAAAAGGUUAAAAACUACUAGG